GACCAACAGAGGAAUCUGUCCGGCAAACGCUUCAGAGAGUGUCCUGAACAGCAUUCUUCAUCAUCCUCAUCCUCCUUCAAAGCUUCAGGGGCUCUCUGUCAGCUGAUUGGUCUCCUCCAACAUGCUCCGCCCUCUGCUCUUCCUGUCCGCUCUCAUUGGGCUGGCAGGCGCGACGGUCAUACUCAACCAGGACUUUAAUGAUUCUUCAGUGCUGAACAUCAGCCAAUGUCCCAUCACGUUCUAUGGAAAGAAGUACGAACAGCUCUAUGUGAACAUCACAAGUGGCAAUGUUACCAUCUGUUUCAAUGGCUUUUUCAACCCUCAAACCGGACAGGACUGUAUUGUGGCGCCUCCAUUCAACACAACGUCGGCUAAAGCUGGGAUAGUUUCAGAAGCCCCGGUCUCUCCCUCCCCCAUCCAAGCUAAUCUGUCAACCAUUAAGACUAAUGAAACAUGCUUUGUGAGAGUUCAACAUGUGACCACAGUAGUGACUGAUGUUAUUCUUUUUAAUAUCGGGACACAAGCAGUUUUGAAAUACUCGACAAUGCAAUCGGGUACAUUUCUGAUGGAUGCUCUGGUCAAUGGUACCAAAGUGGACACAUUUAAUGCUACGGGCUCUGGAGCUAAAACAGAGGCAUACUUCGACAUCAGCGGAUGCAGACCAUCAGGUGGUGCUCUGUUUAGAUAUGAUGCAGUGAUAACCUCUUACCCAGAAACCUGCUCUGGUCAAAUGUGUGAUGAGACUGCAGUCGUGAGAAACUUCAGCUGUGGCCCCUCAGAGCGUUGUCAAGGCAACAACACCUGCAUGUUUGACUCCACCUGCACUGUGAGCGGCCCAGCUGUUAUCGACAUUCACGGCCAAGUGAACUCUGUCCAGGAUCGGUGUGCGUACACUCUGAUGUCGACUCCGUCUGUCCCAGACUUGCAGGUGCUGGCGAACUUUCAGGAACGGCGUCGUAAAGAUGUGAGCUUUGUGGACAGCGUGACACUGCGACUGAACACUACCGGUGUUCGCAUUGACCUAAAACAAGACGGCAGAGUUCAGGUGGACAACACUACGCUGACUCUCAACAGCUCAGUUCAGCUGAUUCACGGUGUGGAGCUGUCCAAGGACCAAACUGGAGUUAUUGCCAAGGUGUCACUCUCCAACUACACCACUUCUGUCUUCUUUGACGGCAAAACCGCACAGAUCCGCCUCAAAGGACCUGCUGGGAAAGUUCCAUCUCUGCAGGGUUUGUGUGGCAACUCCAGCAGUUCUUUGAGUGAAUUGAGGCUCUCUGCAUACAGUGCCGGCGGGUGUGAGACGCAGUACAAUGAGACUACUAACAGUACAAUCAACUGCAACAUGACGACUGAGCGCUGUAAUCUCCUGAAGGCGGCGCCCUUCACUGCCUGUCACAGCGACAUUGACCCAGAGCCCUACAUAACUGCCUGCAACAACACUUUGUGCAAAUAUCCUGUGGUGGACGGCCUUAACUGUCAGUUCCUGGAGGCCUACGCCAGAGCCUGCAGCCUGCACAACAUCACACUGGAGGGCUGGAGGUCAAACGUCAGCUGCUCCCCCCCUCAGGCCUUCUGUCAGGGCAAGAUUUGCAGCGCUCACGAGUUCUGUGCUGAGAAGACUGGCUGCCUCUGUCGGGCCAUUUUUGCCUCCCCGUACAGAUCGACAGACACUUUGGGUGACCCAACAGUCUGCAGCCAGAACUCUGCUUCAAUUACUUUGGUUGGCUGUCUCCUGAUGGAAAAAGGUAUCGACUACUCAGCCUUACAUCUCAAAGACCAGAACUGCACGGGCCAGAUGGACGAGCUAACCAACAUGGUGACCUUCAGCUUCAACAGCAGCCGCACCUGUGGGAUGGAGGUCUCGACCAACAACAGCCAAUUAAUCUACAAGAACGCCAUCAUGACCCAAAACAGCUCUGGCAUCAUCACUCGCAAUAGCCAAUUCUACAUCGACUUCUCCUGCUUUUAUACUCAGCCAGGUAUCAAAACUAUGGGCUUCAGAAUCAGACAGAUCUCUGUGAUCAAACAGAUCGUAUCUGGAACUUGGAAUUACACUCUGACCAUGAAGGCCUACACCGACGCCGGCCGCACAAAAGCUGUGGAGUCGAACACCAAAAUCCAGCUGAACCAGAAGAUCUGGGUGGGGCUGGAGACCGACGGGCUGGAUGGCAACUCGGUUGCUGUUGUCACCGACUCCUGCUGGGCAACCAACCAGGCAUUGUCCAACGGGAGUCUGAGAUACGAUCUGAUCAAGAAGGGCUGUGCAAACUCCGCUGACCAGACGGUGAAGGUGGAGAGAAAUGGCCAGGGAACGUCCAGCUACUUCUCCUUCAACAUGUUCCAGUUCUCUGGGAACUCUACUGACCUCUACCUGCACUGCAAACUCGACCUGUGUGUCACACAGAACAACACCUGCAACCCGGUUUGUAGUGGAGGCAGUCGGAGACGCAGAUCUGCCAGGCUCACGUAUGUCAAUGCCCCAACCCUCAUCACAAUGGCCUGGACUGAUUAGGUUGUUUCCACGGUGACUCAGACUGACUGACUGGUCCUGAUCCAGGUGGGCCUGGGUGUGUGAAUCCUUUGGUUUCAGAACAAUGUCUCCUGAAAGGAUGAGCUCAGUGCUCACUGCAGAUUCUUCUAAAAAUCACCCUUUUUUGCUUAAAUAUGAAACACAAACUAUAUGGUAAAGGGGGUUCAUUAUUAGGGCUGCACAAUUAUUCGAAAUAUGAAAAUACACAAACUAUUUUUAAGGUAAAAUGUGAGACAAAAAGCUUUAUAAUGCAGUGCUGUAGUGCUGCAGAGGUGCCCUGACCUACAGACCCCCCAAAAAUACUUGACAUCAUCCUGACAAUAUGAAAAUGAAAAUUGUGAUGCAUUAAUCAUUAUUUACACAAAUCGUGAAACAGUUAUAUCUGUCUGUUUUUACAACAUUGUGCAGCCCCAAUAAUAAUAUAUUCAUAUUUAUACUAUAAUAAUAAAAAUAUAAACACGUUAUUGGUUCUUUAGUUUACAGGAGCGGAUCUGGAGGGGUGGCAGCUGCAGAAUGUCCGGUACCCCUGGCAAAUGCUAUUAAACUAAACACAUAUCAGCUGAUUGUAAACAACACACAUCAGCUGAUUCCCUUCUAAGUGUCCAGUUAAAAAAAAGGCGUGUUUGGAAAAAUUUAAACAAUUUAUUGAUUUCUAAAUCCCUCUUUAGAAGAUUGUAUUCAUGUUGUGGAGUUCUUUUCCAAGAAAAUACUGAUAUAUGUGAUUGUCUGUGAUUAUAUCAGCAUAUAUUUCUGCAACACCUUAAAUUGCCACCCUCUGGACACCCCAUGAAUAUUUCUUAAGAUCCGCCUCUGAUUAUAUAUCUACCAUCCUACUAAUUAGAAUAAUCAGAUAUUAUUAGGGAUUAUGAUUAAUUGUUGUUAAUCUGGGUCAGUGAGAGGAAUGAGAUGAGUGUCUUUGGAGCAGUUCACUUCUUGAAGACACUUCUUAGAAAAUAAGAAGCUGCGUGGACCCCAUAGUAUAACCCUUUAUAUUUACUUUCUAGUUCUUUCUGGAGACAGCACUUUCUAUUAUCUUGUGCCUAAAACAUGACAUCAGUUCAUCACAUCAGCUCAGUUUGAUCCAGGAUUGAUAAGAGAAGUCAACUCUGAGGGAAAAAUUCAGUGCAAACGCAGCAUGAACAUGUUGAUUAUUUUCAGAUUCCAGUUCAGUCAGACCUGUGAUUUGAAGUUCGGGUUCCUGCAGGUUCUGUAACUCAUAUCAACAACUACAACUAAAUCUGAAAAUUGUUUUUCAUAAUCGACAUUGUAAUUGUUUGUAAACGUUAAGAAAAAGCUUCAUUUUGAAUCAUAAAUGCAAUCAACAUUAUGUGAUUAUGCCUCAAAUACAUAAAUAAAACAUAGGUAGAGUCUUUGAGAUAAAUGUCAUUUGAGCCAUAAACUGUUUAUGACACUGAGAUGUGAAUUGUGCUGUUUUUAUCGUUGUUAUGUUACUAUGUUAUUAGCACCAAAAAAAUAAAAAAAAUAAAAUGAUGUGGGGAAAAUCAAAA